UUGGAUUGGUUCUUUUGAUGAGCAACACUUUUGGUCAGGAGACACAGGUUUCGGAAGUUGAAAAAUCCGACACAGUCACCACAACGAUCAAUACCCCCAUAGAUCGUUCAUCGCACUACCACUACACGCCAACCAUUCACGGUUUCUGGAAAAAGCGUUUCGUGUGGCGGCCUCGUUGGGUGAAGACCUGGCAAGAAAAGAAGGUCUACGUGGCGGUAUGGAAGCAUAUGUGGAGUCCAGCUCAGGUGAAGGAGUGGGUACCUGUUCCUCAACCACCACCAGGCUGGAUAAAGCACGCGCCUAAUUAUGUAAAAAUACACCAUUAGAAUAUUUUCAUGGUUCUGUUUCCACUAAAAUAAUGGAUAUUCACUAGAAAGAGAUUCUCUCUUUAUAUGUACUAUACAAUAGUUAACAAUUAACUUCAAGUACUUUAAAUAAAAUAG